AUGGAUCAACUAUAUUUUGAUGGCAUGGCUAUUUCAAGUGCGAUAGGUUUCCCUGACAUUUUUAUCACUUUUACAUGUAAUCCAAAUUGGCCUGAAAUUAAAAGAGAGUUGGCAAAACACAAUCUAAAGCCUCAAGACCGAUCUGACAUCAUCACAAGAGUGUUCAAGAUUAAAUUUGAUGAGCUUAUGAGGGAUUUGAGCAAAAACCAUGUGCUGGGAAAAGUUUUGGCAUAUAUGUACACUAUUGAAUUCCAGAAAAGAAGCUUACCACAUGCUCACAUCUUAAAUUUUUUGCAUCCAAGUGCCAAGUAUCCAACACCAGCUGAUACUGACAAGAUCAUUGCUGCUGAAAUUCCUGAUCCCAAUACUCAUUUAGAACUCUAUAAUUUGGUCAAGAGUCAUAUGCUGCAUGGCCCAUGCGGUCGAGCCAGAAUUUCAUCACCCUACAUGAAGAAUUUAAAAUGCUCAAAGUUCUUUCCAAAGAAAUUCAAUGAAACAACUGUUGUUGAUCAAAAUGGUUACCCUUUAUACAAGAGAAGUUCAAAGAUUCAUACUAUUGUGAAAAAUGGAAUUUCUUUAGAUAAUAGAUAUGUUGUGCCUUACAAUCCAAGAUUAUUGCUGAAAUACCAAGCUCAUAUCAAUAUGGAAUGGUGUAACCAGAGCACAUCCAUUAAAUACUUAUUCAAAUAUAUACAUAAGGGGUAUGAUCGUAUUGCAGCAAAAAUUGUUCCUGCUCAACAACAACAAAGAGUUAAACCAGAACCAGUUGAUGAAAUCAAACAGUACAUUUAUUGUAGAUAUGUUUCACCAAGUGAGGCAUGUUGGAGAAUAUUUUCUUUCUCCAUACAUGGUCGUAAACCAGCUGUUGAGCGCAUGUUCUUUCAUUUGGUAGGAGACAAAUGUAUUUACUUUACUGACCAUCAACGAAUGGAAAAUGUACUGGAAAAAGCAAGUGUCACAGAGUCAAUGUUCACAGCAUGGUUUGUAGCAAAUCAAAAAUAUGAACCAGCCAGGCAAUUAACUUAUGGCCAAUUUGUCAACAAAUUUGUUUAUAACAAAAAAGAACGUAUUUGGACACUAAGGAAAAGAGGUUUUACCAUUGGUAGACUAAUCUGGGUGCCACCAACCACUAGAGAUUUAUUUUACCUAAGAUUAAUGUUGACUGUUGUUAAAGGACCAAGGACGUUUGAUGAAAUACGCAAGGUGGGAGAUACACAAUUUUUCAGCUUUAGAGAUGCUUGCUUUGCCAUGGGUUUUUUGGAUGAUGAUAAAGAAUUUAUUGGAGCAAUUAGAGAAGCAUAUUAG